AUGCCUAUAAAUAUCAGUGAGUUUGAAGAUGAUGAGGAGGACAAGUGCAACAAUGAUGACACAACUGAGGAAAAGGAGAAGGAUGAAGGAGGCAGUGAAGAUAGAGAUAGUCAUGAGAAUAGUGACGGGGAGGCUAAAAAGGAGGAUGACAGUGAGAAUGAAGAGAAGGACGAAAAGGGUGAUAGGGAUGGUGAUGACAUAGGUAAAGGGGACAAUGAACAUAAGGGUGAUAGGGAGGGAGAUGACAUACCGGGAACUAGUUCUCCUAUGGUGAUGCCAACCAAUGUUGAAGGUUAUGAUACAGAGGGUGAUAUACCCAUAGCCAGUUCCCCUAUAGAUGUGCCACCCAGCGUCGAAGGUGAUGAUGCAGAGGGUGACAUACUGAUGGAGGUAUCCCUCUUGGUCAUUGUUGAAUAUGUUGAGUCUAUUCCAGAACCUAUAUUUGUGGAGCCACAACAACUAAGGAGAUCUACUAGGGUUCAGUUUAGCAAGAUCAAGUCUCCUUAG